CCGGCUUCGCGAGCGCUUGACAGGAGGGUGGUCACGUGCCGGCCGCAAAGCGCCUCUUUGCGACCUCAAUGACAGGCAAAAUGUGCGACAGGCGCUGUGGAGGCAGGGAGGGAGCGGCGCUGCCUCCUCCUCCUCCUGCUGCCGCCCGGGCCAGCGGCUGAGGCAGCGCUGCCUGCUCCCGGUCCCGGCCCGCUCCCGGCGCCCCGCUCGCCUCUCUCCUCCCUUCUUCCCUUCUUCUUCUCCGCACGCUGCUGAGUUGGGGCAGCCCCUAGAGCGCCGCGGGAGCCCGGGAGGAACCGAGCGCCUCGAUGAGCUCGUAGCUCCCACCCUGCCCCGUCCUCGCCGGCAGCAGCUCCAGGUGCGCGGGUCAGAGCAGAGCCGGGGACGCAGUUGGCUGCAAUGGCGUCCAACAUGGACCGAGAAAUGAUAUUGGCUGAUUUCCAGGCAUGUACUGGUAUUGAAAAUAUUGAUGAAGCUAUAACGUUGCUUGAACAAAAUAACUGGGAUUUGGUGGCAGCUAUAAAUGGUGUAAUACCACAAGAAAACGGCAUUCUACAGAGUGAAUAUGGUGGAGAGACUUUACAUGGACCAGCAUAUGGCCCCACAAGUCAUUCUACAGCAGCUUCUUCAACUCCUUCCUCAUCCUCAGCAUUUCGCCAUGUAGUGCCAUCUAGACAAAUAGUGGAAAGACAACCUCGAAUGCUUGACUUCAGGGUUGAGUACAGAGACAGAAAUGUGGAUGUAGUACUUGAAGACAGCUCCACAGUUGGAGAUAUCAAACAUAUUCUAGAAAAUGAACUUCAGGUUCCUGCAUCUAAAAUGCUGUUAAAAGGGUGGAAGACUGGAGAUGUAGAUGAUAGUACUGUUUUAAAAACUCUACACUUGCCAAAAAACAAUAGUCUUUAUGUUCUAACACCUGACCUGCCUCCUCCUUCUUCAAGUCAUUCUGGGGCCCUGCAGGAGUCAUUAAAUCAAAACUUCAUGCUGAUUGUCACCCAUAGAGAAGUCCAGCGGGAGUACAACCUCAACUUCUCAGGAAGCAGUACCAUUCAGGAGGUAAAGCGGAAUGUCUAUGACCUAACUAGUAUCCCUGUCCGUCACCAGUUAUGGGAAGGGUGGCCGCCUUCUGCCACAGACGACUCGAUGACUCUAGCUGUAUCGGGACUGACUUUUCCUUGCCAUCGGCUUACAGUUGGAAGAAGAUCUUCACCUGUACAAACAAGGGAACAGUCAGAGGAGCAAUGCACAGAUGUUCAUAUGGUUAGUGACAGUGAUGGAGAUGACUUUGAAGAUGCUACAGAGUUUGGAGUUGAUGAUGGAGAAAUGUUUGGAGUAGCAUCAUCUGCCUUGAGGAAAUCACCAAUGAUGCCAGAAAAUGCUGAAAAUGAAGGAGAUGCCUUAUUACAAUUUACAGCAGAGUUUUCUUCAAGAUACGGUGACUGCCAUCCGGUUUAUUUUAUUGGAUCAUUAGAGGCUGCUUUUCAAGAAGCCUUCUAUGGGAAAGCCAGAGAUAGAAAGCUUCUUGCUAUCUACCUCCACCAUGAUGAAAGUGUACUAACCAACGUUUUCUGCUCACAAAUGCUUUGUGCUGAAUCUAUUGUCUCCUAUCUGAGUCAGAACUUCAUAACCUGGGCAUGGGACAUGACAAAAGAAGCAAACAGAGCAAGGUUUCUGACGAUGUGCACUAGACACUUCGGGAGUGUUGUUGCCCAAACAAUUCGGACUCAGAAGACAGACCAGUUUCCACUUUUCCUUAUUAUUAUGGGGAAACGAUCAUCUAAUGAAGUAUUGAAUGUAAUACAAGGUAACACAACAGUGGAUGAGCUAAUGAUGAGGCUGAUUGCUGCAAUGGAGAUCUUCAGUGCCCAGCAGCAGGAAGAUAUAAAGGAUGAGGAUGAACGUGAAGCCAGAGAAAAUGUGAAAAGAGAGCAGGAUGAAGCAUACCGCAUAUCACUGGAGGCUGACAGAGCAAAGAGGGAAGCACAGGAGAGAGAAAUGGCAGAGCAGUUUCGCUUGGAACAAAUUCGGAAAGAACAGGAGGAAGAACGUGAGGCUAUCAGGCUCUCUCUUGAGCAAUCUUUGCCUCCCGAACCGAAAGAGGAGAGCACCGAGUCUGUCAGUAAACUGCGUAUUCGGACGCCCAGUGGAGAGUUCUUCGAGCGACGUUUCCUGGCCAGCAGCAAGCUGCAGGUUGUCUUUGAUUUUGUAGCUUCCAAGGGAUAUCCUUGGGAGGAGUACAAGCUGCUGGGCACUUUUCCGAGGAGAGAUGUGACCCAGCUGGAUCCAAAUAAAUCAUUACUGGAGGUAAAACUCUACCCUCAAGAAACCCUUUUCCUAGAGGCAAAAGAAUAAAUUUAACAAGAUUGUAGGACUGAUCACCCUUUGACAAGCCAGAGGCACAGCAUCGAAAGGAAGACUUCUAUCAACGCCACCUUGUACUGUCAUCCAACUCAGUUCAAUGUCACAACUUUGCCUCUCACAAGAAUCCUGACAAAUUGAAAAAGCAUAGCUAAAGUUUCACAUACAUGAAUAUAUGUUUCCAACCUCAUUUAAAUGAACAGAGGAUAACAUUCUGCUAUGAACACUGAACAUGAUGACUCUGUUGCUCACUUAUCAUCCAGCUUUUGUUAUAAUUAAUGCACUGUUAAAAUGUGAGUGAUUGUUAGGUAGAAUUUUUACUCCUCAAAUGCCCCUUUUUCACCAAGAAAUCUUGGACAUUUCUGCCUGUACUUUUGACACUAGAAUGCUGUAUAUUUGAUAUCUCACUGAGCCAGUGCUCUCAUAUAUAUGCAUUUUAUUUCUGUGUUUGAAUUUCUACUUUGUCAACUAAUUUAAAAAGGCAGAAAAAAUAAUGGGACAUUCUCAGCCAUGGAAAUUUAACAGUAUUAUAGUAGAAAGCAUAUAAUUUUUGUUAGUACUUUCUGACUUCUUUGAUAAGAUGUAAGGUUUUGUUUGAAGAAUAUAGUUUGACAUAUAUGCAAGAUAUUUAUUUACUGGUUCUGCUUUGGGUCUCAGUUCUGAUUCAGUUUAGGAAGUAUUUUCCAUUACAUUGCAGUGCGUGAAACUGCUUAUUGCAUGAUGUGAAUAUUUAAAUAACAUUAGAAAUGGCCAGUACCAGAAACCUGGUAUCUUGCCAACACUUCAGGAAUCAGCUGAUAUUGAAUAUCAGCUGUUAAAAACCUUUCAAAUACCAGAUACAAAAGUUCUUUAUUUUGCAUUGUGAAAGAAAGGGCAGUUCCCAUAUUAGCAGUUUUCCUUCAUUUUGGCACUUGUUUGUAUCCUGUUACUCUCCUGUUUUAAAGCACCUUGUUUGUUCCAUCAAACAAUGAGUAUCUUAAGAGGUGGUGUAAGAAGAAAUCUGCCUUAUUAUUGCACACUUUUGGACAUGUUAACAAUAGAUUACUGAUCCAAUCUCAAAUUAAAGAAAUCCUCCUUCUCUUGUCUGACAUGUAUGCACCAGCUACCUGCCAUCUGAUGGGGAAAAAUCUGGUACUUGAAAUUUCUCAACCAUACAAUGAGCAUACUGAGUCUAAGACCAUAAUGUACGUACACCUGGUGCCAAACCAGCAUCAAAACUGGUUUGGUUAGUUUUUUUAGGGUUUUGUUUUUUGCUUUUCUUUUUAAGUCUCUGGGCUUACAGGGUAGUGCACAGUGGCACUACAGAAUCAUCAUCUGCUAAUCAGACUUCUCUUUUUUUGGCACAUUGUUUUCCAACUCUGUUUGUAUGUAAUUCAUAGUGUUUAUCAUAGCAAAAUGAGUUCUGAUUUGAAAAUUUUGUACUAAGCAAAACCCAGUUACACACAUCUCUUAGGCUUUCUUGUUUGUUUUUUUUUCUCUUUGGAAGGAUGUUGACAUAAAAUCAAAUGUAUGCCUAUUAUUAGGGUGUUAGUGAAGCUGAUCUAUUGUUACCUGUACCAAAAAUGCAAAUUUCUGAGCAGGGAAAGCCUUAUUCUACCUUUUGUAAUUCUGCAAUUAGUAAGUGCUACAUUGGACACUUUUAGAAGUGAAGUAUCUAUGGCAAACAAAAGGUUUGGAAGUGUUAAGCAAAUUCCAAUAAUUUCCAGUUCACAAAUAAAAGAAUUCAUAGCCAAUAGAAAGGUAUAUGUAUGUGUAAUGGAAAGCUGAAUGCAGGCACCUCAUUGUGAACUCCUGUUUCCUUACAAAAACAUGUUUAGUAAAUAAGAAAUUAACAUAGGUUGCAAAUUGGGGUGAUGCUGUUUCUACAAACAAUCACAGUAACACAUACAGCAGGAUUUUAAAGUGAUACAUAUCUCUUUUCGUUCAUAUUAGCUUUUCCUUCUAAGCUGGCUAUAGAGGAAAGGAGUUGCUGAAAUACUGCUACACAAAGCAAAGCGACCUUUCAGCCAACUUGUUUGUAUGAAUCUGUCCUGUUUAACUUUUGUUUGAUCUCAUCCGGCUGUUUUCUCUCAACUUUAUUUCUGUAUUUUGACUUAUAUAUUCUUUACUUUGAUACUAGUUUUAUAAAGUUAUUAAAUGUGGCUUGAAUAUUUGUUGAAGUCGGUGCUCCCAGGGUUCAUUUGGCCUCUUUUUUUUUCCCUAACUCUUUUGUUAUUUUUUUUCCCUCAUUUUGCUCAUAUUACAAAAUACCCUGUCAUUAUCAAAAUGUUCUAGUGAUAAUUAACUGGAAAUGUUCAAAGUGGUGGCAUUACUGUCCGCUGGUAUAAAGAUAUCAAGAUCAGUAUACGGGGAUUAUUCUGCCACAAGAAGUGUAUCACUCUUUAAAUAAAACAUUUAUGAUUUUUGGUCCUCUAAAUACUUUGGGCCUGAUUUCAAGAAGCAACCAUCCAGAGUCACCUUUCCAAAUUACAUCCUCGGCGCAAACCAGUCCCUCUGUAGAAACAU